ACUUCGGGCUUGUGGCUUAGGCGUAAAGAAUUCCGGAGCACUCAUGGUUACUGAAAAAAAUUGUCCCUCUGUCUUCCUCUGUUCACAUUCCAGAACAGACCAUUUAAGAAAUGGCUCAGGAGUGUGAAGCUGUCUAAUCGAGACCAUGAUAGUAUUUUAAAAUCUCUCUACUAACUGAAAUGGUUGCUUAUAUUUUAAUGCUUGUCCGGCAGGGCAGUGUUGGGUUGCUCAUGGUGACCAGGCUCAUUGUAUUCAUGAAGCUAAUGGAGAGGUUCUAGCUUGAGUAAAAAGAAUUAUUUGAGAUUAAGUCAUAAUUGCUAGCAUAAAAAUGAGAGCGGGACAGUGACCGAAGAGAUGUAACAUUGGGAAGGCAGCAGUGCCUGAGACCAACACGUUAACACUAAUGACUUUUGUCGGUUGUGGCUGAUUUCUCAAAAGGAACUGUUUUUUACUCUUUUAAUAGUAAUGAAUGAGAAAGUGAAAGUGUGUGUGUGUGUGUGUGUGUGUGUGUGUGUUGGGGGGGCACCAACAUGUGCGCAGGUGUUUGUGUUUUAGAUGGAAAAUGGUGUUCGUGAGUGAGGUUUCAGAGGAAAUCUGGUUUUUAAGUCUUGUGAGAAUUUGUUUUUUCUUAUAAAUCUAAUUUGCUUUCAGUGGAUCAGAAUAAACUCAUGCUACCAGGUAAAUGGGACAGGAAAAUGUUUUAAUUUUGUCAUAAUGACUUCCUCCUUAUUGUGGCUCUUAAAGCUAAUGAGCAUUUUUCCAAGGGGAAAAAAAUAAACACCUUAUGCUGUCUAUCUAUAGAAAUGAUAGAAGUAGAAAAAUGAACUUUUACCAAUUUGAAGACUAAGUCUGCAUGGUGAAUGUUGUAGUUAAUAAAAAAUGACUAUAAGUCUUAAAUAUGGCUAAUCUUUUUUUUUCCUAAGAAUAACCCUGUCUGUUUAUAAAUAUCUUUGCUAGUAUACAUUGUCUUUUAGCAGUACAACCUAAAAACCUGGGUAGAAUUCUUUUAAAAGCAACUCCAUAUUUUUUAAUGAACAAGCCAUUUUGAACCUCUUUGCUUCUAGUCCUAUUGAAUAAGCAUUUCUAAACUACACAGCAGUGAUAUGUGCAUAGCAGGGCUGGGUCUGUCAGCAUUUCUGAUGAAUCGGAUGAUAUUUGAGAGAUCCUAGGUUUCAUCACCAAAAUGGCAUGUUUACUUGUGCAGUAUUUGAGGUCAUGUUUAAUUUCCAUGAAAAAUAACUUUAUGGAUGAAUUUGUUUCAUUUUUUUCCUCAUCAGCAUUCUCUCAUAAGACCUAUCUGAUGGGCAGAGAAAUUUUUGAGGUUGAGCAUGUUUUUCUUAAGUUGUUGCUGUCUCUCAAGAAGAAAAGUCUUUUCCCCUCCCCACAUCGUUCUGUUUUGAAACUCUGAUGUCCGAGUAGGCUACAGGCUAAGUAAAACGUGUCUGUUGGCUUCUAAUUCCAAGGGUGUCUUAAGCAAAACUUGCCUGGAGCUUGUUUCGUGAGACAUGGAGUCUAAAGUGUUUAGGAAAAAUCCGUAUCUGGGCUCAGCCUUCAAUGAAAUGAAGUUACCAACAAACUGAAACUGGGAGGUCACGUAGUUACAGCCGGAGUAGGAAGUAUGCAGAACAACUCGUUUCAGUGGAAACCACAAGUCUGUAAAAGCCAGAGGAGUCCAAGUAGUAUUAGCGAGAAUGCCUCCAUGAGAACCUUGACUCUCUUCAAAGCAUCGCCCCUGCCAGUUCCGUCUUGGUGGACCAGAAAGCACAGGGGGGGACCCUGGGCUGCUGCAAAGGAAGCUGGCCAACGGCUCAUUGAAACCUGUUGGUCCAAGCUCUUAUGCCCUGAGAGAGCAUUUUUGUAAAAGGCAGUAGGUGUGAAGGAAAGCAAAUGAUUGCUUAAGAAAUAGUAAUACAUUUCUCUUUAGUUUCUGUUCUUCUGUAAUGCGGAGGCUCCUACAGGUCCAAGAACUUGUCCUCUCCUUUUUCAUAGCUGAAAGGACUUGAUGUUGAUUAGACUGGGGGUCCUUAACCAGAGGGCAUUUGGCAAUGUCUGGAGAUAUUUUGGUUGCUCUAGCUGGUGGGGGGUGUGUGUGCGGAUUUGCUACUGCUAUCUAGGGGGUCAGGGAUGCUGCUAAAUAUCCUUUAAAUAUCAGGGCCGCCUCUAUGACAAAGCAUUCCUGACCCCAAAUAUCAAUAGUACUGAGACUGAGAGGCCCGGACUCAGAAUUUUUAGAUUUUUCACUCUGCCAGCAAGAGAGUCACGUGGUUGGGAGGAUACUGACCAACACUUAAACUUUCAUAUUCUGCUGGCUAAAAUGCAACUUUUUACUUAUUAGUAGAAUAACUUAUGUAUUUCUCUGUUAUUUGUUCAUUUAAUGUAGAGAGCCAUUGUAAUUGGAGUGUGCAGUAAGGUGUGACUACUUUGACCUUAUUUUCCCAUCCAUGUACAGUAAAAUUAGCAAAAACAUUGCCCACUAUUUCUUAUUUCAAAUGCCCUAUCAAAACUCACUCCCUAAGACCACAUCAAUGGUUCACAGACCUGUUGUUGGUCUUGCUGCAAAUGUGCUCUAAGAUACAUGCUUGCAGGACUUAUUGAGAACAAAUAGGAAAGGAUGGGGCAUACCCUGUAUGUUGACAAAUGUGAGGUUUUUUGUUUCGUUUGUUUGUUUUUUGGUAAGGGCACAGCCGUGAUUAAAAGCAUGGAUGGCACACAGAGCCUAGGAGAGUUGUGUGUGGUGAGAAUGAGUGGCACGAACAGAAGCAUUUAAAGCCAUGGCUGUUGAAUUGCUUCAAUAAGCCAGACCUGAACUACAAGCUUUAUUUUCCCAUAUUCUGUGAUGGACCAUUUACUUUCUAAUAACUUUCACCAGUCAAACAGAGCUAGGGUACCCUUGAUGUUUCUGUAAUUAUACAUGAAUUUUGUAGCUGAAUUCUUUUAUUUGCAGAAAGUGAUAGCUUGAAUUUUUCCAGAUAUGCUUGAAUUACACCACUUAUUUUGGGACUACGUAUAUGCAGAAGUCAGUUGAUACUUUUCACGUUGACAUGCCUGACUUUAAUGAAGAGGGUCUAUCUUGACUCCUUUUCUUCCCCAAUGGGUAGUAAGCAAAUUGGUGACUUAGCCUCCAUGAAUGGUAGAUUGGGGUGGAGCCAGUCCUCCCUGAGAUGUUUACCGAGGCCAUGAAAUUUAGCUUCUGUGCCAGAGAUGACCUGCAUCGUAUGGUUAUUAACCCUUUGCCAGAUACCCAUACUGGACUUAGAAACGCACACAGUCUGCAGAGAAGAGAGGGUGUGACUCCACCGAGCCGUCUCUGCACACUUACUAUAAAAGGCCUGUAGGAGAGCAAGUGUGGUGACGGCAAGGCCGUGUCACAGCACGCUGGAGCACUCCUAGAGCAAGUGUCCUGGUCUUUGUGGUGGCAUCUGGUCACUAAGAGGCGCAGAACCAUCACUCGUUGAAAGCAACUCAACAGAGUAGCCCAGACGUCCUGUCUUGGAGGAACUGACCUUGGCAGAAAGGCAAGAAGAGACUGAUAGGAGAGCGAAAAAUGUUUUGAUAACUUUGUACUGGCUGGGAAGAAAAGCACAAAAUAACCCCUACUAUAAUGGUCCCCAUCUUAAUUUGAAAGCCUUUGAGAAUCUUUUAGGACAAGCUCUGACUAAGGCACUUGAAGAGUCCAGCUGCCUGAAAAGGAGUGGCAGGGACAGUGGUUACAGCGAUAUCUGGUGUGCUGAGCGAGGAGAAUUUCCUGCUCCUCCAGGCAACUAUAAUAGAGAAGAUUCAUUUGAAAGCUUGGACUCUUUGGGGUCCAGGUCAUUCACAAGCUGCUCCUCUGAUAUCACAUUGAGGGGGGCACGUGAAGGUUGUGAAAGUGACACAGAUUCCGAAUUUACAUUCAAGAUGCAGGAUCAUAAUAGAGAUGAUAUGUCCUACCGAAGGAUUUCGGCUAUUGAACCAAAGUCUGCGUUACCCUUCAAUCGCUUUUUACCCAACAAGAGUAGGCAGCCAUCCUAUGUACCGGCACCCUUGAGGAAGAAAAAGCUGGACAAAAAUGAAGAUAACAGAAGAAGCUGGGCAAGCCCGGUCUACACGGAAGCAGAUGGAACAUUUCCAAGCAGCAGAGCAGAGUGUGAUUUUUCGAAUCCAGCAUCCUAUCAGAAGGAGGUGUACAGUUCUGGAAGUGGAUCGGACUCGGAGGAGGACCGGAGGUUGCCUGAUGUCGUUUUGGAUGACUUAGCCAACCGUAGAUUCCACAAGAAAAAGAGGCUCGAGGGUGUCAUCUCGCAAACCACCUCUCCUAAGUCUGGUUCACGGUUUUUUCCUCCCACUGACCCAUUAGCCACUGGGCUGUACAAACUGACGAGUAACGAGAGGAGAACUUGGGGCACCAAUGUGGAGCAUUGGCCAAGAGCACAAGAAACCUCAGACUCCUCUUGUUACUUGGAAGAGGAAGAAGAAAAGACAAGCAUACCCAACACGGUAAAGGAUGAUCUUUACGUGCGAAAGCUAAGCCCAAUCAUGCCAAGCCCAGGGAAUGCUUUUGAUCAGUUUCUUCCCAAAUGCUGGAUCCCAGGAGAUGUGAACUGGAAACGAAUAAAAAGGGAAACUUACAAACCGUGGUAUAAAGAAUUUCAGGGAUUCAGUAGAAGGGAUUCAGACUCUGACGAUGAGGAUUCAGGCUUUGACAGAAGCUCUGCCCUUUUUAGUAAAAGACAAAAAGCAGAUCAUAGGCUAGACAGCAGCCGCCAAAGGCAUUCACUCUUGCUGGAACUGGCUACCAAGCGGGCCAGAAACUCCCGGGACACCCAUGCAGCCAGGAGAACCAGUGGUGCUUCGGAUGAGCCCAGUCAGUUCUUAUUACUUCAGGCCCUCCAGACGUAUUCUGAUGACAUCCUGUCCUCUGAAACCAGUAUCAAAAUUGAUCCCACUGCUGGCCCCAGGCUCAUAACACGCAGAAAGAAGCUCUCUUCUGCACCAGGGUAUAGACCAGAGGACCUUGAGACGGCAGCCCUGGAUCCUGACUUAGAGAAUGAUGACUUCUUUGUCAGAAAGACGGGGGCCUUCCAUGCCAAUCCGGGGGUCCUCCGGGCUUUCGAGGACCUGAGAAGGCUUGCCGGGCACGAGGAUCCCGUGGAGCGCGACAUCAUUCUGCAGUGUCGGGAAGGUGAACUUGUCCUUCCAGACCUAGAAAAAGAUGACAUGAUCAUUCGCCGCAUUCCGGCACAGAAGAAAGAGGUGCCUCUCUCGGGAGCCCCAGACAGAUACCAGCCAGUCCCUUUCCCAGAACCUUGGACGCUGCCUCCAGAAAUUCAAGCAAAAUUUCUGUGUGUUCUUGAAAGGACGUGCCCACCCAAAGAACAAAGCAGUAGCUGUAGAGUGCUCGUUCCUUCAAACCGGCAGAAGAAAGACGACAUGCUGGCUCGUAAGAUCCAGUCUUGGCAGCUGGGGACCCCCGUGCUGCCUCCCCCCAGCUUCACCCCCGGUCCCUGCAGUGAGGCAGACUUACAGAAGUGGGAGGCCAUCCGCGAGGCCAGCAGGCUUAGGCACAAGAAGCGGCUGAUGGUUGAGAGACUCUUUCAAAAGAUUUAUGGUGAGAACGGGAGCAAGUCCCUGAGCGAUGUCAGCGCCGAGGAUGUUCAGAACUUGCGUCAGCUGCGUUAUGAGGAGAUGCAGAAAAUCAAGUCACAAUUAAAAGAACAAGAUCAGAAAUGGCAAGAUGACCUUGCAAAAUGGAAAGAUCGUCGAAAAAGCUACACUUCAGAUCUGCAAAAGAAAAAGGAAGAGAGGGAAGAGAUUGAGAAGCAGGCUCUUGAGAAGUCGGAGAGAAGAUCUAAGACAUUUAAUGAAAUGCUGCAGGACAGGGAAUCCCCAAAUCAGACAUCUACGGUUACAUUGAAUAGGAGGCUGUAUUCUUCUGAUGAUGGAUUGAAUGAAGAAAAGCUUCCCUCGACACUGAUGAUGUCAGAAGCAAGUUCCCAGAGUGAGGGAGCAGAGGAGCCGGGAACAACUUACCCUUCCGACAUGCCUAAGCAGAAUUCCACAGCUUUUGCAAACAGGAAAGCUCCUCUCAGAGAUGAAACUCAGCUUCCUUCUAAAAGCCCUAUGGAGGAACAACGCCCAGCCUCUUUGUCUUCUCAGCAUUCACUGAAUACACAAAUGGAGUCUGUUGCAGUUUCAGCUUCUCUCCCCAGAAGUUACCAGAAAACUGAUACGGCCAGGUUAACAUCUGUGGUCACACCAAGACCUUUUGGCUCACAGUCAAGGGGAAUCUCAUCCCUCCCGAGAUCCUACACGAUGGAUGACGCUUGGAAGUAUAAUGGAGACGGGGACAGCGUUAAGAGAACCCAAAACAGUUCGGUCAGCACCUCUGUGCAAAAACCUGACAAGAGCCAGCUUGCGUCCAGCCUAUCCAGCAAAAGAGAGGCAGCAACAUCCCUAGAGAGUGGGCUGAGCUGGCCCUCCCCUACACCCCCCUUCUCAGCUCCUUCUCAGGACCAGGCCACCACUUCCAAAGACACGCUAUCUUCAAUGUCUAGCCCAGAUUUAACGUCUGAGCUUGGAGAAGGGAGACACUCACCACAGACAGAGGUCUCAAGAUCUCAGGAUCAGUUCAGUGAUAUGAGAAUCAGCAUAAACCAGACGCCUGGGAACAGUCUUGACUUUGGGUUUACCGUAAAAUGGGCUUUUUCCGGGAUCUUCGUAGCAUCAGUUGAAGCAGGGAGCCCAGCAGAAUUUUCUCAGCUACAGGUAGAUGAUGAAAUUAUUGCUGUCAACAACACCAAGUUUUCCUAUAAGGACACAAAACGGUGGGAGGAAGCCAUGGCUAAUGCUCAGGAAACCGGAAACCUGGUGAUGGAUAUCAGGCGCUAUGGAAAGUCUGACUGGGGCAAAGACCAGACUUCCCUGCCAUUUACACGGCAUAAAACCCUCAAUCUCACCAGUAUGGCUACCAAAAUUAUAGGUUCACCUGAAACAAAGUGGAUCGAUACAACUUCCGGAAUUUACAGCUCAGAAAAAUCUUCAAAUCUAUCAAUAACAACUGAUUUUUCAGAAAGCCUUCAGAAUUCUAAUACUGAAUCCAGGGAAAUCAAUGGAAUUCGUGAUGAAAGCAAUACUUUUGAGUCAAAAGCUUCUGAACCUAUUUCUUUGAAAAACUUAAAAAGGCGAUCACAAUUUUUUGAACAAGGGUCAUCCAGCUUUUCUUACAGUUCAUGGGUCUACCUCUGUGGAAGCUCCGAUUCUGUGGUGCCUGAUCUUCCGGUCCCGACCAUCAGUGCCCCGAGUCGCUGGGCAUGGGAUCCGGAGGAGGAGCGGAAGCGGCAGGAGCGGUGGCAGAAGGAGCAGGACCGCCUGCUGCAGGAGAAAUAUCAACGGGAGCAGGAGAAACUAAGGGAAGAGUGGCAGAGGGCUAAGCAGGAGGCUGAGAGAGAGAAUUCCAAGUACUUGAACGAGGAACUGAUGGUCCUAAACUCAAACAGCAUUUCUCUGGCCGCACGGGAGCCUGCCAUUGCCACCCGGGGUGAGGAGUCCAAGUCCCGAGAUAGGGAAGGAACCCGCACCGAAGAAGAGACGGGGCAGCAGCAGCAGGAGGAAGGAGCGAACGAGGACCAGGGAAAGACACUGCAGGAACAGCUCGCCCUUGAGAGGGAGAGGAAGCUGAAGGAGCAGCAGGAUCAGGAAGAGCAGGAGCAGAAGCAGCGUCAGGCAGAAGCUGAGAAGCAGAAGCGCCAGGCGGAGGCUGAGGAGCAAAUGCGCCAGACGGAGAGAGAGAGGGAAACAUCCAUCAAAAUAUACCAGUACAGAAGGCCUGUUGAUUCCUAUGAUAUACCAAAGAGAGAAGAAGAAUCUUCAGGUUUGCUUCCUAGUGACAGGAAUAAGUCCAGAUCCACCACUGAGCUGGAUGAUUACCCUGCAAAUAAAAAUGGAAGCAGUAGAUAUUUAGAGAGAAUUGGGAGCAAUAGCUCGUCACAGAAGAGCUCCAAGAAGGAACAAGCCCUGUCGGGAGCGGAGCUGGAGAGACAGCAAAUCCUUCAGGAAAUGAGGAAGAGAACAUCCCUUUACGAUGACAACAGCUGGAUCCGACAGCGCAGUUCCAGCAUAAAUAAAGAGCCCAUUUGUCUGCCUGGGAUUAUGAGAAGAGGCGAAUCUCUAGAUAACCUGGAUUCCCCAAGAACCAAUUCUUGGCGACAGUCCCCUUGGCUCAAUCAGCCUUCCGGGGUCUAUGCUUCCUCCUCUGUCCAAGACUUCAGUCGCCCCCCUCCUCAGCUGCUGUCCACGUCAAACCGAGCCUACAUGCGAAGCCCAUCCUCCAGCAUCCCCCCGCCUUCAGCCGGUUCUGUGAAGACCACCUCGCCCUCUCCUACACCACGCGGCCAUCCCCCCGCGGCUCCGCAGCCAGGCUCCCAGCCGCGCAGCAGGUCGGUCAGUGGGAAGCGCGUGUGCUCCUACUGUAAUAACAUUCUGGGCAAAGGAGCUGCCAUGAUCAUCGAGUCCCUGGGUCUUUGUUAUCAUUUACAUUGUUUCAAGUGUGUGUCCUGUGAGCGUGACCUCGGAGGCUCUUCCUCAGGAGCCGAAGUCAGAAUCCGAAACAACCAACUGUACUGCAACGACUGCUAUCUCAGAUUCAAAUCUGGACGGCCAACCGCCAUGUGAUGUAAGCCUGCACACGAAAGCGCUGUUGCAGAUAGAAGAGGAGGUGGUUGCUGCAGAUGUAGAUCUAUAAAUAUAUGUUGUAUGUCUUUUUCGCUCUUUUUUAAAAAAGAAUAACACUUUUUUUCCUGGCCUCUUUAGAUUACACCAGAGCAUUCUAAUCUUGGUAGAACACGUAUUUUUGUUGUUUAUUUAUAAGAAGGUAAUUAUGCGUGGGGGAAAGUGCCGUAUUUUACUCUUUUUCAAAUUCAGCAUCGUUAAAGCACAAGAGAAAAAUAAGAACAGCAUAUUUUUUUUGAGGCUGAUAAUGAUCUUGUUUGACUUUCUAGUGGUGUUUUGAAGAGGGUUAUUUUAUUGGUUUUUUUUUUUAAGGUUCUGAAACAUUAUUUGAAAUAGUUAAUAUAAAUAUGUAAUUGCAUUUGCUCUGUUUAUUGGAAUGUAUGCUAAAUUAAUGCAGAACCAUAUGGAAAAUUCCACUAAGCGCCACCUCCAAGUUUGCGUUCUGUAUCCUUCUUUUCAUCUAUGUAACAUUAUGAUUAAUUUUUUUUUUAGCUUAUGUUAACAUUUUAUUUGCUUGAUGUGGGGAGCUCUGUUUUCUUCACCAGAAUUGUCCUAAGCAAUUCCCAGUAGGAAGCUGCUUCUUUUCAUUCAUGGAAAAUCUUCAUGUAAGAAGUAAGGCUUUCUGUUCCACUGCAUUUGUAAAUAAACUUGCUGAUGCAUUUAA